CCCGACAUUUUCAUGGAGAUCACAACCCCCCUUGCAAGGCGAAGAAGAGCAGCGGGGCUCGUCGGACCUGAGACCCCGGCAUCAAAAUGCUGAUAGUUGAAAAGACGACUGACUUCCCUACCGCUGAAUACUCUCUGGUGGAGGAUGUAGCCCUCCACUUCACGUGUUUGAUGGACAGACUGAACGAGCAGCGUCUGUUUCAACCAGACCUGUGUGACGUCGACGUGGUCCUGGUGCCGCAGAAGAGCAUCUUCCCCGCCCACAAGGGGGUCCUGGCCGCCUACAGCCAGUUCUUCCACUCCCUCUUCACCAGGAAUAAGCAGCUCCAGCGGGUGGAGCUCUCCCUGGAGGCCUUGACCUCCCAAGGCCUCCAGCAGAUCCUCAACUUCAUCUACACCUCCAAGCUGUUGGUCAACGCUUGCAAUGUGCGGGACGUCCUGAGCGCGGCCACCGUCCUGCAGAUGAACAACAUCGCGUCCUCUUGUCAGGAGCUGAUCAACACCCGGUCACUCAUCUUGGCUGUGGCCAGCAACAUGGCUUUGCCUCCUCCGGACAACUGUGGCAAGAACGUCCCUUCUCAGUAUUACUGCGACAUCAAGCAAGAAAUGGAUUCCCCGCGCCCCAAAAUCUUCGCUCGGGAGGGGAACGACCCGUAUUCCUUGCGUGUGGAGGACCGAGCGGUAUGUGAAGGCAAGCAGCAGGUCCCUGCGGUCGGCACCAAGAAAUAUUACAAGGAGGAGAAAGAGGGCAGCCCUCAGCUCUGUAAGAUGGAAGGGGAAGAGUCUGAGGUGGUUCUGGGCAACCAGGAUUCUUACAACCGUGGGGAGCAGAUCAUUGUGGAAGUCAACCUCAACAAUCAAACCCUCAAUGUCUCCAAGGGGAUGGAGGGGAAGCCUUCUGCAGUCAACCAGGCAGCCACCAUCGCCGCGGUCAUCGGACGGCCCAAAGGGGACGGGCUUCCCACAGAAGAGCAUAGAGAGGAAGAGAAUGGGGAAGGAGAGGAAGAAGACGAGGAAGCCGAAGUUGGGGAGGAAGACGAGGAGGAGCACAGUGAAGAGGAGGACCUGGAGGAGACCAGUGAGGAGGAGGAAGAAGAAGAAGAGGAUGUUGAAGACCUGGCCGGUAUCAAAAGGGAGAAGUCUGGGCUGUCCCACAGGCCCAGCAGGUCUUCCAAGGUCAUGACACCAGCCACCAUAUCUCCAGAGACUGCCAAGGUGGCUGUGGCCACGGAAGAGGAGGAGGGGGAGGAGGAGGAGGAAGAAGACGGGGAGGAGGAAGAGGAGAACCGGAGAGGGAGGAAGAGGAAGAAGGACCAAGACGGGCUGGGCCAGAAGGUCAAGCUGGAGGAGAAGCAGCACUACCCAUGCAAGAAGUGCCCCCGGGUUUUCAACAACCGCUGGUACCUGGAGAAGCACAUGAACGUCACGCACAGCCGCAUGCAGAUCUGCGACAAGUGCGGCAAGAGGUUCCUGCUAGAGAGUGAGCUGCUGUUGCACCACCAGACAGACUGUGAGAAGAACAUCCAGUGCUGCACCUGUGGAAAAGCAUUUAAGAAGCUCUGGUCACUUCACGAACACAACAAAAUUGUCCACGGCUACGCAGAGAAGAAGUUCUCCUGCGAGAUCUGCGAGAAGAAGUUCUACACCAUGGCGCACGUGCGCAAGCACAUGGUCGCUCACACCAAGGACAUGCCCUUCACCUGCGAGACGUGUGGGAAGUCUUUCAAGCGCAGUAUGUCCUUGAAGGUUCAUUCUCUGCAGCACUCGGGAGAGAAACCCUUUAAGUGUGAGAACUGCAACGAGCGCUUCCAGUACAAGUAUCAGCUCCGAUCCCACAUGAGCAUCCACAUCGGCCACAAGCAAUUCAUGUGCCAGUGGUGCGGGAAGGACUUCAACAUGAAGCAGUACUUCGACGAGCACAUGAAAACCCACACAGGUGAAAAGCCCUACAUCUGUGAGAUCUGUGGGAAGAGCUUCACCAGCCGCCCGAACAUGAAGCGGCACCGCCGGACGCACACGGGAGAAAAGCCCUACCCUUGCGACGUUUGCGGCCAGCGCUUCCGGUUCUCCAACAUGCUUAAGGCCCACAAGGAGAAAUGCUUCCGGGUCAGCAACUCCGUGGCCUCGGAUCCCAUCAACAACAGCGACCCGAACUCCAUCAGCUUAUCUGCCAACCCAACUCAUCUGGCCACCAGCGGCCCGCUUCACUCCACAGCGCUCCCUUUGCCUCUCAUGCAUGCUCAGAGCAUCCCCCCGCCUCCUCAUUUACCGCCACCGCCUCCUCUCUUCCCAGCAAGCAGAGUGAACUUGAACCACUAGGCCCUGGACUUUCUGUCGGCUCGCGCAUCGACUGUUCUGCAGUUCAGGAAAUGGCCAGAAGAUGUCUCAGUCGUGAACAUCGUUGAGGGUUGGGGAGAAGGUUGAGUUGGGUUUUGGGGGUCAACGGGCUUUGCUUUUGGCCCGCAGAGUUGAAGGGAUUGUGGUUCUUUGCCUGAGUUUCCCACUUUGCAUAUAAUCCGAAAGAAACCUUCUGCUUUCUUUGCGUGUGGAAGGGUGUAGACCAAACUCUGCUCGCUCUGGAGAUCUAGGGAUGCGCCAGGGUGGAUUUUGCCGAUGGUCAUGAUGCAAACAGGAAUCUUCCCCUCCUUCUACCAAGUCCUCACCUGUGGCAUAGUGGGGAAUGGGCACAUGUCUCUCCUUUGGAACCUGGGCCAACAGUUUGGAAGGAGCAAACCUGGCCCUCUUUUCUUCCUUGGGUGGAAAUGGGUUGACCCCACGAAUCUAUUCCCAUGAAGCAGGGUAUCACAAUAAGCCAGGGGAUGGUGAAGCCAUGAUCAGUGGGGUAUCGGAUGCAUGAGUUCUCCACUAGAGCUUCUCAUCUCCUCACUUUCCCCAUCUCAAUAUCAUCAGUCACUUGGUGAGACGUCUCGCUUCUCUCCCCCUGCUUUAUGACCGGCCCCUUCCUCCUUGCAUAGUGGUAGAGGUGAGGUUAAAACUGGUUGAUCCAGGAAAUGGCACCAGUGAAGCACUUCUGGCUGCCUCAUGGUCCCCUACUUCUCCCUUUUUCAUUCACACGUAUCUAGAACCCAAGUCUCAAUUCUCCAGUUCUGUGGUGAUUCCUGUCGUCGUUUCAUCACACAUUGUUUCUGGAUGGGUCUCUAGAGCAUUCAGUAUCCAGAUGUGGUCUACAUCCUUCUUGGGUGCCCCCGUGGUGGCACUAAGUUGCCGACCCAAGGCCGGCACCCCAGGCAAGGCCCCACUGCCACCCCGAUGCCUCAAUGCCAGCACCCGCAAGGGCGAGCACAGCGGCUGUGAGGCUCCCAGUCUCAGAGCUCACCACUGGUGCCCACCGUUGCUCUGCCUCUUGUGUCUGCGAUGCAAGAGGCAGAGCUAUGGCGGGCGGCAGCGGUGCACACGCUGAGCCCGGGAGCCUCACUGCCUCUACCGAGCGGACUAUUUCCAUCUGCUUAGGAGCAAGGGAGGGUGGGAGGGCCCAAAGCGGCGCAGCUCUCCAGCUCGUUGGUCCGGGCAGCUGCCUAUGGCUGCCCAAUGGACGCGUUGGGUUUAGGGGUCCCCACGUGAAGAUGUUGUUCUUCAGCGGGCCUCUGCACAUUAAAGGUGAGAAGACAAACGGUGCAAAGGAAAUAAUCUUUCAUGAUUGUAUAACCCCUAAAAGUUUCGUGUGUGGCUUUGUCAGGAGGAAUCUUCCAGAUUCUUUUUAGAUCAGUCUUACGGGACAUGCCCCCAUACAGUGUGCUCUGCUGAAAGGCGCAUGCAAGAACUGAUCUAAACAGAAUCUUGAAGAUUCCCCUCGAACGAGCCGUGCACGAAACAAGUAGGGGGUUAUACAGUCAUUAAAGGUUCUUCCCUUUGCACCGUUUGUCAUCUCACCUUUGUUUUGCUUUGGCGCGGGCCCCCUCUUUUCUACUGCACAACAAAGCAAACUCCUACACAAAUAAGCACCUAAGUUCUCUUGGGAAGAAAGCCUGGCCCUUUUGGGAGGGGUAAGAUUAAGAAUUUAUUACUUUAACUUUUUUGCACUUUAUUAAUCCAUCGUUAUAACUCAUCCUUGAUAGGAUAAUUGCAAGUUAGUCCAUGCUCUGUCGACGGUUAAUGAAACUUCCAGGUGCAACAUCAGACCCUCUGCGUUUUGUGGCCAUACAAGUUCCAUUCCUGGCAGACAUCUUCCCUGCACAGGUUCCCCCUUGAAAUGGUUGAAGCUUCUACCCUAUUGAUGGCUUUGCCCCCGUCACCUUCCUGAACCUGCACGAAGAAGUCCACGGUCAACGUCAAGAGUUCUGUCCGAUGUCUUAUUCCUUGGUUCCUUGUCCCGGCCUUCCCCUAAGCCCAAAACCUGGAGGAAUCUUUUUGGUUAAGAAUUGCCUCUCUAUGUCUGUUUUCCCCUCCUCUGUGUGUGUAUCUGUAGUAAUGCGGGGCUGGCCCCUGGAACAACAGCCAUAACUUGUGAACGAACGCGAAAAGUGCGAUACGGUUGUGGCUUGGACAAAAGAAAAAGGGUCAAGAUAGUGCAAUAACUGCAAAGCGGCGGGAAGGCCAAGCCACAGUUCAGGCUCUUUGAGAGGACACGUUGAGGUGUUCUGCUCUCUGGAUCAGAAGUUUCUCUGCAGGACUGUUCCUGAUGAACUCUUCAAGAGACUACGGCGAAGUCAUUUAAGAGAGGUGGGGAAGAGAGGCGGCACUCACCCAGUCCCAACAUUUUAGUAGCAUGUCAUGAUUUGGAAGGGGGGGAAAAGGAGCGGGGGAAGUACACAGCUCUUCACAUGCCUCAGAUGAAUUUUGUUAAUGCCCAACGGUGGGCCGUGUAUUACUUCUCUGCCGUUCGGCACCUGAUGCCCGCCUCUGCCGAGAAGGAAAGGAAAAGCGAGUACCGGUGACUUUCUUUUAAGCGUGAACAAAAAUUGCAAUGAAGCACUUUAUUCUGUAUAGACUUGGGGAGGGGAGGGGCUGGGGCAGAAGCAGGAGGGUGGACCGUUGUCUUUACCCAUUUUUUUCCAGCAGCCUCUUCAGAAAUAUGCUAGGAAAUAUAUUACGACUUUCUGUUUUAACCGUCA